GCAUUUUUUUAUAAACAACUUUAGUGGUGGAGCCGCUGCCCACGUACACUUUAGGGCAGCUGGACGGUACUUGUUAUUUGAAUAUGCUUCUGUUUGGCCAUUCUAUUUCAUAGAUUACGUAGCAUUUUGCACUGUGUGACAAGCAUCCCAUAAGUAGGUAGCAGAACACUACAGACAGCUGCUCCUGCCAGAGGGCUAUUUGAAACGUCCAGGAAAAUCGAAGAUUCCAUUAUUCCCGCAAACGCGCUUAGCUCACGGAUGUUCACCAUUAAUUUAUUUCUGUACACAAUAGCCGGCCUCACUAUACUGCAUGUGCUUUAUUUAGGUACUGCGUUGGUCGUGGCAAGGGGCAUCGGAAAGUUUUCAGCAAGCGGACUUCCAUUUGAUGGGAUCAUUACGAGAAGGCGAACAACAUUCUGCAAACCUUCUGGGAAGAAAUUCUGUCGAAGAUGGCUAUCUGCGUCUGCAUGACGAACAUCUACACCUCAAGAAAUAUGCUCGUGAACAAGAGGACAAGAUUAAAAAGUUGGCUACUAAGCUGACCAGACUUGUUAAUCAACGGAAAGCUGCUCUACCAGCUCACAGGCAGAGUUUUGAAAUGGAGCAAGUUGUGGAAGAUCUUAAUGAUAAAGUUAGAACAUUGGAAAAAGAGAACACCCACUUGAAAGGAAAACUUUUGGUUAGCAGGCAGAUGGUCACCGCAUCUGCCAAGCGACGGGACCCCUACGAGCAUGUGCGUCCGAGGGUGGACUCUGGUCGUCAGCAUAUCGCACAAGCGUGGAAAAUACAUAACCAGCUAACAAUGAAGAGAGCCCCUGCAUUUGCUGCCAGCGUACUAGAGGAAGCCAGAAAUGAGAUUAAGAGGCUGGAAUCUGCUGUUGCAUCUAGGCAGUCCCUAUUGGAUAUCAAAGAGCAGGAGCUGGAAGGACUAAAGGAGCAGAUGCAAGUGCGUGAUGCAGAACACAAGGAAGAGUUGGUGCAGCUGCGAAUGCAGAUGGGACAUGGCCAGUUACAGCACUUGCAAGAAAAUGUUGACCUCAUCAAACUGCACCGCGAAGUGAAAAGUCAGAGUACACGGGAAACAGCACUACAGAACGAGAUACAGGACCUUCGUACUCAAUUACAGAAGAUCAGUGCAUCCCAUGGAAGUGCUUUGAAAGAAGUGGAGUUGGUGACCUCUGAACUGAAGUCAGAGCAAGAAAAGAACAGAGAAUUACAAGACAAGCUUAGUGCGUCCGAGUUGACUAAGCAGACAAUACCAGAACUAGAGGAAUGUAUUAAAGACCUCCAAAGGGAAAAUGACAUUCUGAAGGAGGCAAAUAAUAAACUGCUUGAAAGCAUAGAAGAGGUUGACAACGCUUUCUGUCAUACUGACGUGGAGGAUAGUUUAAGGGCUCGGGUCGCUCAGCUUGAAGCUGUAGUGAAUUCUGAUGCUGAAGGAAAAAAGGAGUUGCUGUUACAAGUUGCACUGCAUAAAGAGGCUUGCUCUAAUCUUUCAUGCAAAUAUGAAGAACUGCAGAAACAGCACACAGCCUUGAUUCAUGAGGAUGAGCAGCUGAAAGCAAAAGUGUCCCUUCUGGAACAGGAAUCUCGUGCACUCCAUGAAGAGCUGCAUGCUUCCAGAAUUCGGGAGGCUCAAAUGCGGGAGUCAGUGACCCUUGCAACGAAGGAACAACAAGCAGGAAUGGAGCAAGCUUCUACCCAGACAGAUCAUGGUGAUCAAGAAGAUAUGGCAUCGCUAACAGGCCAAAAAAACUCUAAGGUGAAUGCUUUAAAAGAGUUACAAGAGGAUGUCUUGCAGAAGAACACCGAAAUUCAGAAAAUGGAAAGAAAGAUCAAGCACAUUCUUCAGAAAUCACAACACGUCAGGAUCGCUGAAGUUCGUCCGCCAGAAGAAAGUGAUAGUGAUACAUAUGGAUCAUUACUUCACAAAGGACAGAGCUUUUUUGAGAUUCACAUCAGCAGGGUUCUUUUUACAUCAGAGGAGUUCCAUCCCAGCAAGGACUCAUCAUUGUUUGUGAGGUGGGCUUUUGCAGACUUUGAACCUCAAGCAACACCUGCUGCAAGUAGUGACUGGCCAGAGUUCAACUGCACUGCACGAUACGCUAUCGAUGUCAGCAGAGAGUUUCUUGAAUUCCUUGAAAAGGGUUCAGUAAAACUGGAACUGCAGGAAGUUUUUGGAGUGAAUGAAAGACCUUUGGGUGUGUCUGAACUCAGCCUAAAAAGCUCCCUCAAAAAUGCUUUCAAAAGACAUCGUGUGCGGUCGCCUCUUUUGGGGACUUGCAACGGCAAGGUGGUCCUUGGAGCUUUGUGUGGUUGGACACGCUUUCUGCCAACACCUGAGGCAGCAUCCCAAUUUCUUGGAGUUACCGCACCAGUUCCCAUUAUAAGGGAUCACAGGGAGCAAGUUAUAGAACAGCGCAGGGAAAGGGAAAGCGAAGAUGACGCAAGCCUAAAUGUACUUCAUGUGGAAAUAAUGAAGUGUUCAGCCCUACCUCAGCCAAAUGAUUCAUCUUCAUUAAGGUAUUGUCAGUACUCAUUGUACCACAGCCCAUACCAAAAUACUAAUGCCGUGCCAAGUUCAGAAACUGUGGAGUUUCAAGAUCAUCGUAAUUUUCCAUUGAAAAUGGAUUCCAGACUUCACACUUACCUUCUUAACACGAAUCUAGAUGUUUUCAUCUUUGAUACAAGUGAUCAUGACCCUGGCUCUUACAUUGGAAGGGCAUGUAUUGGUCUGGCACCACUCACUACAGGUGCAGAAAUCAAAGGCAGCUUUUCAUUUUUUAAUGUGCACAGCGAAAACGUUGGAUAUGUUGAGGUGUUCCUUCACUGGGAAAAUGAGUACAAAGCCCAUCUCCAACCCUUGCUGAAAGCAAGGCCUAUGCACAGAACCUCGAGGCACUCUCAUGCUACUUCAGGUUCUUUUCAAAGCAAAUUGCAUGUUCCGAAAUGCUCAAGUGCUCCUUCUAGGUCUCAGCAGCACUGGCUCAAAUUAAUGCGUCCUUCCACUGCAGCUGUUGGGACUAAGGACCCUCGAAAACAGGCCCCAUCUCAUCAUCCCCAUCGAAAGCCAUAUUCACCAGAAGCCAGCUCACUUACAUCAGUCUCUAGCAUUUCCUCCCACGAGGCCAAAGAUAUUGCAAGCUCAGAGCGACCCUCUGCAGAUGAAAGUUCCUCUAGAGACAAUGCUGCAACUGACCCAAAACUUUCAAUAUCAGUUGGUGAGUGUCAAAAUGGAAAUGAAGAGAGUGACAGCAGUAGGGACGUUGUCAUUAGAAGUCCUCCCAGAAAGCAGAUUGCACUUGAGCCAUCAGACGUUGCAGUAUUCAGCAUCAACAGCCUGGUAUUCUUGCCGGGUGCAGCUGUGUUGAAAGACAAAUCCGUGGAGAUGCUCUUUGUGGAGUUCCACUUCCUGGAUUGUCCUCCAGCAGAAUUGGAGACCCCCUUUUCUCUGCCAAAGAUGAAGCCUCCUCAGAGGGCUGUGUUCAACUUCAGAAAAGUGGUCCAUCUGGAUACCAAAAAUCAUGCAAGCAGACGAGAACUCCUGUCUGCUCUGGUGACAUCCAAGGCUACAAGUGCAACUAUUACAUUCACAAUAGUCAGUGAGCCCAGUAACAACAGUGAUAAAGCAGAGUGCAAGGACAUUGGGACAGCUACAGCUGAUUUGAAGCAGAUUCUGAAGUCUGGGAGGGACAUUGUUGAGGAAGAUGUUGCUGUACUUAGCUGUACAAACAAGAGGCCCAUAGGCAGGUUAAACAUAUCUGUGGAAAUACUUGCAGCCCUUAGAAGCAUCCUUGCAUGUCAUGCACCACCUUCAAAGUAGAUAGGUGGAAAUGUGAUCAUUUUGAACAAAAAAUUCACACACCCAUUUGUAGCCAAGAAUGAAUGGGAAUGAUGUUCCUUUUUUUUCUUUUUCGUGUACAUGUUUGAUAUUUAGCAAGAGCUGCUAAUAAAUUGCAUCAGCAUUUGUAAUUUCCA